UUUCGAGUCUCGACGUUGGCGGUUGUGUACCCGCUAUAUUUGUAAACCUAAAAAAAGUAGAUAAAUAAGAGCCAUGCUGCGAUUCACUUAUGGACUGCUCCUUCUGUGGGCGGUUUCUGCCCUGGGAAACGACAAUCUCCGCGUGGCCUACGAGUGGCGGGAAAUAGACUUCAAGUACGCCAGUCCGGAGCAGAGGUGGUCGGCCAUCGAGCGGGGCGAGUUCAAGCCGGCCAAUGUGAUACCCUUUGGCCUGGAGGUCGCCGGCCACCGACUCUUUGUUACCCUGCCCAGAUGGCGGGCCGGAGUGCCGGCCUCGUUGGCCUACCUUGAUCUUAAUGAUACUUCCAGCAAAAGUCCUGACCUGAAGCCCUUCCCCAGUUGGCAGGCCCACAAUCUUCAAGAAGCCGAACCGGAAUUGGUCUCUCCAUUCCGCGUGCGAGCCGAUCGAUGCGGACGCCUUUGGGUUCUGGACUCCCGAAUCUCUGGGGUUUUGGAACAGACCAAGAUCUUUGGGGCAGCCCAACUGCUGGUCUACGAUCUGCACAAUGAUGAUCUGCUGCGACGACACGUCGUGCCCGCCGGCCAGUUGAAGCAGGGAUCCUUGUUGGCCAAUCUCGCAGUGGAGGACUCCGAUUGUGAGAACACCUAUGCCUACGCUGCCGAUUUGGGCAAUCCCGGCCUGGUGGUUUACUCGUGGAAGGACCAGGAGUCUUGGCGAGUGCAGCAUCAUUUCUUCCAUCCCGAUCCCAUGGCUGGUAACUUUAGCAUUAAUGGCAUUGAGUUCCAGUGGGAUGAUGGUCUAUAUGGUCUGGCUCUGUCGAAACCUUUGGAAUCCGGCUACUCCACGUUGUACUUCCAUCCACUUUGCUCCACCAUGGAAUUCUCCGUGGAUACGGCAAUAUUGCGAAACCAAACUUUGGCCACUUCGACGAUGAUUUAUCGGGAGUUCAAGGUGUUGGGUUCGAGGGGUCCAAACACCCAGGCUGGAGCCGAGUUCUUGGAUCCUGCUACCGGUGUCCUUUUCUAUGCCCUGCCCAAUCUCAAUGAAGUUGCCUGCUGGCGCACUGCCACUGAAUUUAAUCACAGUUCCCAGAGUCGCAUCUUUAUGAGCAACGAUACUUUGGUGUUCCCUAGCGAUAUCAAGGUGGAUGACCAGCAACGUCUAUGGGUCCUCUCCAACCAGCUAUCCGUAUUCAUCUACGAUGAACUGUAUCCCGGUUCCAUUAACUUCCGCAUUUUAACCGCCAGUGUUAAGGAUGCCAUUGAGAACACUGCCUGCGAAAUCAGAACUUCCCCUCUGCCGGAUGUGAUCAACAAACUUGGUGAUAUACUAAACACGAAUAUCAAGGUGAGGGUGAAUUCAGCUGCUUCCCUGGGGAACUUGAGCUCCCUGAUAAUCGUUGGCCUGUGUUUGCUGAUGAGCUUUAGGAUCUAGGUCUGGACGUACAAAAGUAUCUUGCACACUCGAAUGAAAUACUUUCGGAAUUUUAAUAAUUCAAAGUAUUUUUAAAAACUUUUGAGUAACACCGAAGAUUAAAGAUCUCCGAGGAUAGAGUUCUGUUGCUUGUUGGUUUUAAAAACAUUUCUGAUUUCUUAAAGGUACGAAAUAUUUUUAUUUGAGUGCAUCUGUAUUAUGUUAAGUUUUAGGCUAAGAAAACUGUAACCAUGUUCGUGAUGUUGAUUAAAUGUAAGAAGUGUAUCGGAA